CAAUGAAAGGGAUACUGGGGAAAAACAAAUGUCCCUCUUACCUGAAAUUUUUCAAUUUCAAUUAAUUUAGGAGUAUGAAAUAAAUGCAUCAAUAAUCUGAGCGAGCGUGUGAGUAAUUUCAUAAACCCCACCCCGAAAAUGACUGUAAAAAACGUGCAAUAGUAAAAACAAACCGUAUCUCACACAUACUGAUUCAUUAUACAUUUUUCCUUUUUCAUUUCUCUUCUCCGCUCCGCUUCUAUAUAUAUAUUUCAAUCAUUCUCCAUUCCCGUGUUCUGUUUCUCGCUCAUUCUCAGGUUUUUUUUGGAUAUGAAUACUAAGUCGGUUGAAGAUUUGAUGGAGACUUCAACUGAGGUUCAUUUUUCUGGAUUUCAUAUGGAUAAUGGAUUAGAGCAAAGAAAAGCUGGCACCGAGGAACCAACCACUUCUGCAUUUGAUGAGUAUAGACAACCUUUUGUCAUAGGUGUUGCGGGUGGGUCGGCAUCUGGAAAGACAGCAGUUUGUGAUAUGAUUAUCCAACAGCUUCAUGAUCAGAGGGUUGUACUUGUAAAUCAGGAUUCUUUUUACCAUAACUUGACUAAGGAGCAACUCACAAGAGUACAAGAUUACAACUUUGAUCAUCCUGAAGCUUUUGAUAGUGAGCGAUUGCUAUCUGUCAUGGACAAAUUGAAGCAUAGCCAAGCAGUAGAUAUUCCGAAGUAUGACUUUAAGUGUUACAAGAAUGAUGUGUUUCCCGCAAGAAGGGUAAAUCCUGCAGAUGUUAUAAUUUUGGAAGGCAUCCUUGUUUUUCAUGAUCCACGUGUCAGGGCAUUGAUGAAUAUGAAGAUAUUUGUUGACACAGAUGCUGAUGUUCGUCUGGCUAGAAGGAUUAAGCGUGAUACUGCCGAUAACGCUCGUAAUAUUGAAGCAGUACUUGAUCAGUAUUCAAAAUUUGUGAAGCCGGCUUUUGAUGACUUUAUCCUUCCUACAAAGAAGUAUGCUGAUAUCAUUAUACCCCGUGGAGGAGAUAAUCAUGUGGCUAUUGAUUUGAUUGUGCAGCAUAUUCGCACAAAGCUUGGUCAACAUGACCUCUGUAAAAUAUAUCCCAACUUAUAUGUCAUUCACUCUACUUUUCAGAUACGGGGCAUGCACACCCUGAUACGCGAUUCUCAGACAAAGAAGCACGACUUUGUAUUUUAUGCUGACCGUUUGAUUCGUUUGGUCGUAGAACAAGGCCUAGGACAUCUUCCAUUUACAGAAAAGCAAGUUAUCGCCCCUACUGGGUCUGUGUACAGCGGUGUAGAUUUUUGUAAGAGGUUGUGUGGUGUCUCCGUUAUCAGGAGUGGGGAAAGCAUGGAGAAUGCUUUACGAGCAUGCUGCAAAGGUAUCAAGAUUGGUAAAAUUCUUAUUCAUAGAGAAGGUGACAAUGGUCAGCAGCUAAUAUAUGAGAAGCUGCCAAAUGAUAUCUCAGAUAGGCAUGUGUUACUGUUGGAUCCUAUCUUAGGCACAGGUAAUUCUGCUGUUCAAGCAAUUUCUUUAAUUAUAAGGAAGGGUGUACCAGAGUCCAACAUUAUAUUUCUCAACCUCAUAUCAGCACCUCAGGGCCUGCAUGUGGUCUGCAAAAGGUUUCCAAGGAUAAAAAUUGUGACAUCUGAGAUUGACAAUGGUUUGAAUGAAGAUUUCCGCGUCGUUCCUGGGAUGGGUGAGUUUGGGGAUCGGUACUUUGGAACAGAUGAUGAUGACGAGCUUGAGGAGAGUCGUUCACGGUAGUUGAGGGCCGUUUGCGGUAGUUAUUAUUGGGCAAAAUUCACAAUAUUUUUUGGUUGAUCGUUAUUUAGCGAGACUUCAUUGGAACAAAAAAGACUGGACUUUGCUGAGUUGGGACUGACGGGAUCUGUGUGCUAGUUUUAAAACAAUUUUGAUCACAAUUCUUGUUUUGCUUUAUUUUAAGACUUAAAGUUGGAACUCUCCAAUGCCAAUUUUGUGUUAUCUUUUAUUACUAUACCCGGAUUUUUCUUUGAACUUAUUCUUUGUUGAUACUGAUUUAUCAUGAUACAUGUUCAUGAAGUCCGAGAUUUAUACUUUAUAUAUAGAAAUGAAUAUAAUUUAAUUUUAUUGGAGUUA